AUGGCGACCACCUCUCUACCUCAAACUGGCUUCGGUCUGUUGGGAUUCACCUGGCGUCCAGCACAGGUGCCAGACGAACAGGCCUUCCCUACUAUGAAAGCCGCUGUCGAGAAUGGCGCCACUAUCUGGUCGUCCUCCUCGAUCUAUGUAACUCUCUUUAUCCGAGCCUGCUACGACUCUACUACGUUUUCCCCGACUUGUACACGAGAUGGUGUACGCACUAGCUGGGAAGAGUGCAACCAAAUUCUCGGCGGCGUUAAGAAGAUUGAUGUCUUUGGCCCUGCUCGUAUAGAUCAAAACGUUCCUGUCGAAGAAACUAUUAGUGCCCUUAAAGAGCUUGUGGACGAAGGCAAGAUCGGUAGUAUCGGCCUAUCAGAAGUACGCGCCGAGACUAUUAGACGGGCCUCUGCUAUUAGCCCAAUUAAGUUCACUGAAGUCGAAUUCUCACUUUGGAGUACUGAAAUACUUGAUAAUGGCGUCGCGGCUACAGCAAAAGAGCACAAUGUUAUCUUAUUGAGCUAUGCUCCUCUUGGGUAUGGCUUCUUAUCAGGCACAGUCAAAAAGCUCGAAGAUAUCCCUCAAGGUGACACUCGUCAUAUGUUUGGUCGAUUCCAGCCAGAGAACUUCUCAAAGAAUCUCGACUUAGUUGAUAAGAUCCAUGCUUUUGCAAAGAACAAAGGUAUGACGUCUGCACAGCUCGCGCUUGCGUGGAUUCGUAUACACUCUGGUACUGGAAACUGCGGUAUAAUCAUCCCUAUCCCUGGAGCUACGGGUGUUAUCCGUGUCAAUGAGAACUGCAAGGCAGUAAAAAUAACUACUGAGGAGAAGGAGGAGCUUGAUAAAAUCAUUAAAUCGUUCGAUAUCGCAGGACAUCGACAGAUCCCUGGGAUGGAUAGACGAGCUUAUCAACCGCAUCGAUGCUGGCAUUCAGCAGCUAAAUAUCGACAACGCAAAGUUAAAGAAGGACAACAAGGUCUGAAAAAGAACAACGAGGACAUUGAGGACCUCUUGAAUAGCGUCCGAGACCACGUCAAGUCGAACGCUGGCAAGGGCAGAAAGAAUCCUCGGGCCAAUCUACCCCCACCACCCUCUGCUGGUUUAACGGAAAAGUUGGUUCCGCUAAGCGUCAUUGUUCAGAAUGAGGAUAAGGGGAAAUGA